GUGAGCUUAGCUUACAUGUGUGUAGAUGCAAAAAUGUAACUAUUAUGCAGAUGCUGCACAUGCAGUGGCUAUGUGUUUUUACAUUUUAAUAUGAACAUGUAAGUUCUAUUGAUAGUUGUCACCAUAUUAGCUGCCAAGGUUUGACUUAGAAAUGGUUCAGUAGGAAUAAAUCACUUAAAUGGCUUCGAAACCUUUCACCCCAGAAGAGGCGAGGAGGAUUGUCCAGUUUCUACAGAAACCUGCUGUGUUCCUGAACAUGACCAAAGACUGGCCAGCAUUACAUUGGACUGUGGAGCACCUGUCAACUUGCCUUACAGAGAGGGUACGGUUCCGUAUUGGGAAAAGGAAUGAGGAUAUGGCUCCUCUUUUUGAAACCGAGUGCUCCUACAUUGAAGCAACUGUUAAAGAGUUUCUGUCCUGGACUCUCAAUGAGGGUGAAUCACUUGUUGGGCCAUUUUCUGACUACCACUACAAGGAAUUCUGGGCUUAUGCUGAUUACAAGUACAUUGCCCAGCUUUUUCAGGACAAACCUGCCAUCUUUCAGGAUGUGGUGUGGUCUGAUUUUGGCUUUCCCGGCCGAGAUGGACGAGACAGCACACUUUGGAUUGGCACACAGGGUGCCAACACUCCAUGUCACCUUGACUCUUAUGGUUGCAAUCUUGUCUUCCAGAUCCAAGGCAGGAAACGAUGGCAUCUUUUCCCUCCCGAUGACACACCCUGCCUCUACCCUACACGUAUCCCAUACGAGGAGUCCAGCGUGUUCAGCCAGGUCAGCGUGGUCCAUCCAGACCUGAAAAAGUUCCCAGCAUUCAGAAAAGCUCGAGUGCACACCGUUACUCUGCAGCCUGGUCAGGUUCUGUUUGUCCCCAGACACUGGUGGCACUAUGUGGAGUCUGUGGAUCCUGUGACCGUCAGUGUGAACUCCUGGAUUGAGAUGGACAUGGACGAUGAGGCCAGAGUAGGAGAAGCUCUCACUAAGACCAUUGUGUGUGCUCUGAAAAGCGUUCCCAGCUUAGACAACAACGACCACUGGCUCAAUCCUACUGAGGAUAGAGUGUCUUCUCAUGGCGAAAACAUGCAGUAUUUGAACCUAGCGGUAAAGGCCUGUAUGGACAAGAGGAAAGACGAUACUGAAGGCUGGUCUUUGCUUGCAGGCCAGCCUAGAGCAGAGGUGGGAAAACGUGACUCCAGUGGACUGUUAAAGACUCCAGCAUCUCCUUUUGUUGUUCCCUUUGGACCUCAUCUCAUUCCUGUUAUUUUGGCUCAGAAACCCGAACGCAACUGCCCAAAGGACACAUCUUGUUUCAAGUCCAAUGACCCCUCACAGACAAAACAGAGAAGUGACGAUGAAUUUUGUCAGAGAUCUGGUCAGCAUGCACAUCAGGAAGCAGGAAGCCCAGGAACCUCAGAAGAAGGUGCUGGUAUGCACAUAUCCACCAAUGACAUGCUAGAGUUCCUGGUACACCCUGAUGUCAUUACUCUAGUUACAAGGCUAAUCAUGUGCCGACAAAGAGAACUUCAGUCUUAAUUUGUACCGGAUGAACAGAACUUUUAUAAAUAAAAGAUCCUAUGCUGAUUCUUUUUUGAUUCCAUGAGGCUUUCUGUACAAACAAUCACAUCAAUGUUCAAUCAACAAUGUUUAAUACUCGUUUGUCAUCCAGACACAAAAUUAUUACUUGAAAUUUAAAGUGGGAUUAGAUUUUCCAUGCAUUACACAUAUUUAAGCAUAUGUAACUGACAUGACAGUAAUGUUGACCAGGAGUUAAUCAAAAAUACUAUUUACCUGAACAGUCAUGACAGCAAAGGCCCUAUUCAGACAAGACUAAUUGUUCCCUUAUGAGGUUUGGGAAAUUUAUGUUUCAAAAAUAUAAACUCUGUGAAUUUAAUCCAAUGUGAAUCAAACGUGUUUUUCUCACACAACUUCUGUAAAAAGUACAAGGCAAAUGACAGUUUUCCAGUUAAUCCUGUCAGAUAAGAAUGUCUAUAAUUUUUUUCAUAACACAUCGCCUCCUUUAUUUUGACCAUCAAAUACUUUAAAGCCAAAUUUCUUCUUGUGUGUUUUUUUUUUGGCCAACUUAAGGGUAAAAUAAUAGUUGGAUCAAAUGCUGAAAUCUGAUCUGUAAAAAAAAAAAAUUUCACCUUUUCCA